AUGAAUAUAACUUGUAACCGGUGUAAGAGCCAAGUAGAAGAUGUUUUCCAUGCUUUAUGGAAUUACCCCAAGUUACACAAAGUUUGGAAGCACUUCGGGUUCCUUCACCUCUUCCCUUCUUCUUUAAGGCAAGCCCCUGACUUUCUAAUGGUGAUGAAGGGGAAGCUUUCUAAAGAAGAGUUUCUAUUCUUUAUUGGUAUUACUUGGCUAAUUUGGUACAGAAGGAAUAAGUGUAUUUUUCAGAAUAAGGACAUUGAAGAUGACAUUUGGAUUCCUUGGGCCACGGAGAUGAUGGAGAUACACUUGGCUUCUGCUCAAACUAAUUCACACCAGAAUAUUUCAAAAGACACGAUUAGAUGGUCUCCUCCUCCCCCGGGAACAUUCAUGAUUAACACAGACGCUUCUCUCAUUGAAGGGCAAUCGGGAUGUUGUUUAAGAGUGAUAAUUAGAGACCAUUUGGGUGCAUUAGUUGCUGCUGCUACAGAUUUCAUUCCUGGCUGCCUUUCGGUGCUACUGGCAGAAACUCUAGCAAUCCGUUUAGCUCUGAAGCUCGUUGAAACAAGAUUAAUGCAGACCAUCUACAUUGCUUCGGAUAGUCAAUCGGUGAUUAAAGCUUUGAAGGGGAAGACUCGCAUAAAUACGGAUUGGGGUAUUGUGAUUGAUGAUUGUAUCCUAGCUAGCAAAAGAUUCUAUAAUCUUUCUUUUAAUUUUUCUCGUAGGAAGUGUAAUACUGUAGCUCACUGUUUAGCUAAUUGGAGCCGUUUGUACCAUGUUACUGGAGUGUGGACUUCGGCUAUACCUGAUUGUGCAGCUGCUUAUUUGAAAGCAGAUAUGCCCCUGGGUGCUAGUUUGUAA